UCCUCGUAUUUGUACGCACACACUGACACAGUCCCUCCUCCCUGCUCCACCACUCCACAAAAUAUGGCCACCACAAUUACAUCUGCCGCCACCUCUUACUUCUUCGGAACUCGUUUCCUUAAUCCAAACCCUGGCUCCGGAAGAUUCCAAGCCCGCUUCGGGUUCGGACCAUUCGGCGCCAAAAAGUCACCUCCGGCUCCAAAGAAACCUGCCCCAAAGCUGGUCUCGGACCGUCCCGUAUGGUUCCCCGGCGCACAACCUCCUGAGUGGCUCGACGGGACCAUGGUGGGGGACCGUGGGUUCGACCCUUUCGGGCUCGGGAAGCCGGCGGAGUAUUUGCAGUUCGAUUUCGACUCGUUGGACCAAAACCUGGCGAAGAACGAGGCCGGUGAGGUGAUCGGGAUCCGGUCCGAGGUCGCGGAAUUGAGUCCGACACCUUUUCAGCCAUAUUCGGAGGUGUUUGGGUUGCAGAGGUUUAGAGAGUGCGAGCUCAUCCAUGGUAGGUGGGCAAUGCUGGGCGCACUUGGUGCCCUUGCUGUCGAGGCUCUCACUGGGGUUGCAUGGCAGGACGCAGGAAAGGUCGAGUUGGUGGAAGGAUCAUCCUACCUAGGUCUCCCGCUUCCAUUCUCUUUGACCACACUGAUAUGGAUUGAGGUGAUAGUUAUUGGCUACAUUGAAAUCCAAAGGAACGCAGAACUCGAUCCUGAGAAAAGGCUAUAUCCCGGAGGCCAGUUCUUCGACCCCCUCGGCUUGGCUGCCGACCCCGACGAGAAGGCCAGGCUUCAGUUGGCAGAGAUCAAGCAUGGCAGGCUAGCUAUGGUGGUCUUCCUCAUCUUUGCAAUCCAAGCUGCUGCAACUGGCAAAGGACCAAUCAGUUUUGUGGCUACCUUUAACAAGUAGGACUAGUGACGUCUCUCACCUUCACAAAGCAGCCAUCUUGGAAAAUUGAAAUAUUGAUCUUCUCCAGAUCGGAGUUCCCCCAUUUGUCAGUGCUACUCAAUAGAGCUUCAUAAGCAUCAAUAGCAAUCUUGUGUACGUGAGAAAAUCUCCCUCACUUUCUAUUAGAGUAGUCAAAUUAUAAAAUAAUGAAGGGUCGUGUUGGGUUUA